AUGAAUUAAUAAAUUACUUUUAAAUAAUCCGAUUCAUCUUCCUAUUCUUUAGAUUACGCAAACUCUACCCUUCUAUUCUAAAAUUUAAUGAGAAAGCAAAUUAAAUAAGCAGAAAUAAAAAAGUUUUCAAAAUUAUUUAAAUUUCCUUCUAAGUCAAUUUCAAUUUCACAAUUACUUAGAUUAAUUUUGAGUAGAAUUUAAGUUAGUUAGCUAAUUAUUUAGCUAACUAAGUACAGAAACAAAAUCAAAAUAUAUUUUUUAGCAAAAAUUCAUAUAGAAAUUGAAAGUAAUUUUAAAGUAAAUACAGUUGAUAAAGAUAGAGUACAUACAAUAUAAAUAUUUUAAUAGAAGUUUUAUUUCUAAGAAUUAUCUUUGAUCAUUCAUUUAAUUUGCUUGUCGAGAUGA